UUUUUCCAUUAAAAAUAUUCAGCUUGAUAAGGGAUAACAACAAUGGGAAUUGACUCACCAGACAUUAAUAGAAUAGAAAGUCCAACCCCUUUAGGUAGCAUAUCCAAAUUUGCUCCUUCUAAUACUAUUUAUCCUAGUCGAUGUAUUCAUACUAUUUCUCAAGAAGAUGAAAGCUCUGUUUUAUCAUUAGUUUGCAGUGACAAGUACUUAUUCAGUGGUAGUCAAGGAUUCAUUAUUCAUGUGUGGGAUCUACAAACUUUUUCUUUGGUAAAGAUAUUGGAAGGACAUCGUGGUAGUGUCUUGGGUUUAGCUUUAUCAACAGAUCAACAAUGGUUAUUCAGUUGUUCAGGUGAUGGUACAGUUCGAGUAUGGGAUACAGAAACUCUUAAUUGUGCCUAUUUGAUUCAAUCUUGUCAUGAUGUUGGGGAUAUCUUUUCUGUAGUCUACUCUGAUGUCUCUAAUAUGUUUAUCUUUGGAAGUCAAAAUACAAGUAUUCAGUGGUACGAUUUUGAUGACCCUCAAACUCAUGGUGCAACAACGGAUGUUCCUGUAAUUCCCAUCUCUCUUCGAAAUAGUCAAAAAUCAAAGUUUUUCAGCAAUGAUACUGAUGGAUAUGAUGGAUAUAAUCACAAUGUUAUGGAUGAAGAUGUAAUCAAAUGUGUGGUCCGAGAAAAGAAUGUUUACAGUAAUGCUCAUGAUGGUUAUGUUUACUGUUUGCUACACUCAACCAAUAUACCCAAUGUAGAUGGUGAAGUAAUCAUUAGCGGUUCAGGUGAUGGUGAUGUCAAAAUCUGGCCCAUUCAGCAUGGUGAAUUGAAACAUUUACGAACUCUUCGUGGUAACUCGGAUAAAGGUGUUCUUAGCUUGGCAUUAUCUGAUGAUGGUUAUUUAUUCUGUGGUGUACAAGAAGGCGAUGUUCAGAUUUGGGAUCUUGAAACUUAUCAAAUGAUUCGGUCUGUAAUGGCACAUUCGGAUGAUGUUUUGGCCGUAUCAUUACAAGGGAACAAUUUGAUCAGUGCUUCUGCUGAUGGAACUAUCAAGAUAUGGACUGAAGGAUUCGAAUUUAGGGAAGCAAUGUCUGACCAUGAAGGUUUUGUAUUAUCUAUGACAACCUCCAAAGAUUGUCUCAUCACUGGCAGCAGUGAUCACUCUAUCAAAUUCUGGAGCAUUCCUACAUUUUCUUCUGUACCUGAACACUUUAGACGGAAUUCAGUGACUCAAAACGAUCUCUCAAAUGACACAUUAUUGUAUACCUUGGAUCGAUGGGUUAGUAUGCGAACUGUCAGUGGCAAUGUCAAAUAUAUGGAAGAAUGUCGAAGGGGUGCACGUUUCCUUAAGAAUGUUUUACAACAAUUAGGUGCCGUUAGUCGAAUGAUACCCGGUGCUAGUGGAAGAAAUCCUUUGGUGUAUGGUCGAUUUGCUGGGAAACGCCCUAGUGGAGAAAGCAAAGACAAGAAAAUCCCUACAGUGUUGAUUUAUGGACAUUAUGAUGUGAUUGCGGCUGAAAAUGAAAAUGAUGACUGGCAAAGUGAUCCUUUCAAACUUACUGGUAAAAAUGGAUACCUUUAUGGUCGAGGUACAAGUGACAAUAAGGGGCCUGUCUUGGCUUGCAUAUUUGCCGUCAAUGAAUUACUCAAGGAAGGCCUAUUGGAUGUAAAUGUGAUUCUUUUGAUUGAAGGGGAAGAAGAAAGUGGUAGCGUUGGAUUCUAUGAUGCAGUAAAUCAAAACAAGGAAUUAUUUAAAGAUGUGGAUAUGAUUUUAUUAAGCAAUUCUUAUUGGCUUGGUGAAGAUGUACCUUGCUUGACUUAUGGAUUACGAGGUGUUAUGCAUGCUUCCAUUUCGAUCUCCAAUACUAGAGCUGAUCUCCAUUCUGGUGUAGAAGGUGGUGCCGUUUCUGAACCUUUAAUUGAUAUGAUUCAUGUGCUUGGACAAUUAGUUGAUAACAACAACAAGGUCCUUAUUCCAGGAUUCUAUGACAAUGUUCGUCCUGUUACGGCCGCCGAAGAAAAACUGUAUGACCCUAUUAUCGAAUGGUUAAAAACGACAAAUUGCGAUCAAUCAGGUACUCGAUCUCAACAUUCAGGCAUCACUUCACCAACACAAACAUCCAUCACAGUGAAAAAGGAUCAUGUGGAUCAUGAGGAAGAAGCAAAAUGUACGGAAAUGAUCAAGAAAGAACUGAUGGCACGAUGGCGAUAUCCUACCAUGACUGUUCACAAGAUUGAUGUAUCAAUGAACAAUCCCACCAUUAUUCCACGUUGUGCCACAGCUGCUGUCAGUAUGCGUGUUGUACCAGAUCAAGACAUUAGUCAAAUUUGUGAUUUGUUUGAACAAUAUGUACGAAAGGCAUUUGCCACCUCUGGCUCUGAAAAUGAUAUAUCUAUUGAUAUUCAAAGUGCAUCUGAAUACUGGUUGGGCAAUCCUGACAAUGACUACUUCAAAGCAGUAGAACAAGCAAUUGAACAAGAAUGGAAUAUCAAACCGUUAUAUAUCCGUGAAGGGGGAUCCAUACCAGCUGUUCGAUGGUUAGAAAAGUUCUGUCAUGCGCCAGCAGUACACCUUCCUAUGGGUCAAGCAUCUGAUCAAGCACACUUACACAACGAACGCAUCCGGUUACGCAACCUUCACGCUGGGCGAAAUAUAGUAAAACGACUUUUACGUAAUUUACCUAGACAAACAUCUUCAUUAUCAUCAUCAUAAUAUAAUUUUAUAAGCACUAGUAUAGAAAUUUUACGAUUUUGAAAAUAAAGCUUCAUUUGAAUUUCCGCGAAGACA